UAUGUCGUCAUCAACCUCAACAUCAACAGUGCAAAAAGAUUCAUCGUUGGACUCUCAGGAGUCCAACAAUCAAGAUAAAACUCAAUUAUCUUUAACUCGUUGUAAUAGUGUAGAUAGUAAAGCACAUUUAGUCUUGAAUGUUUGUAAAACUGCCCAAGUAAAAUACAACACAAUACCUGCCUCAAAAGUGAAUACGACUGGCAAUAGCAAUAGCAACAUCAGCAGCAGCCGCACAUUUAACAAUACAACUACUGAUACUAAUAUCCCCAUAACACCCUCACCCACAACAUCGCCAACAGCACCCUGCCCCCCUGUACAUAGAAAUUUAAACACAAAAAACUGUAGUAGCAGUAAUAGCAAUAAUCAUCAUACAAAUCUUCGCAUUCAUAUAGAUUCGGAGGGUGGCAUAUUGAAUACAGCAUUUAUCGAUAAUGCAUCAUCAUGUCCCAUACAUCGUACGCCCCACCACAAGGGACAACAGUGUACCGAUGUAUCGGGCGAAACGCCAACCAUAUAUACCAGCCAAUAUAAUGAUGUUCAAUUAAGACGUCAUUCCGCAUAUGCAAAGGUCUAUGGAGAUACGGUUAAUGAUAAUAAAUGUAAUUUAAAUCAACAUCAGCCACAGCAGCAACAUCAUCAUAUACAGCAGCGACCGGUAUCCUUUGUCCAAACGAUUGUUACCAAUAAUGGACAUGUAACUUCGGUGCAGCAACAUCAGCAUCAGCCAUCACAUAUUCAGCAGCCACCACACAUCAAGGAAUGUGAUAAUGGAAAAACACCACAAAAACGUACUUGGUUAAAGACAAAGAAGUAA